AUGGAAUUGUCAGAGGCUUUCGUGGCCCCGGCCGCCGCGCGCGCAGCGGCCACGCACCACGCUACGCACCAUGCUCCUCGUGUAGCCACGGGCACAGCUGUGCCCAGACAUGGGGCAACCCUCAGUGCAGCUGCAGCAGUGGCCGCGGUCGGUGUUCUGUCCAACCAGAUGCGGCGUCAUCGCCCGAAGCUGUUGAAGCGGCGGCUGGCAAAGGUCACAAAGGCGGCCGUGCCGCCCGAAAGCAUCGACCUUCUACACCCGCACGUGUGGAGCGGCUUGGAAGAGCAAAGCACUCAACUACUACAGCACUUCGCACAUCUCACAGAGGGUUUUCAACAGGCAGGAGAUCACGCAGGCACACCAAAAGAGGAGGCGCUUUCAACAGCCGUGCAGCAGCUUACCGAGAUCUUCUCCGAAGCUGCAGGUCGACUGGCCCACGAGAUCGUGCCCCCAGCUUAUGCAGCUGAUGCAAAGCCCAUUGAGCUGGAUCCGAAUGUCACGUAUCUAUAUGGAGCAGAUGGCAACGUUCUAGUAGAUCCAAUGAACAACAAGCCUCUCCCUGACGAUUGGUGGAACGGCUUCAUCGGCUUCCAAUCCGACAUCAUCAAGCAGGUUGACCAGACCUUGCGGGACAACGGCGUGGAGCAAGCCUUCGGGUGGACCAUCGUGGCGUACACCGCCUUCAUCAAGCUCGCCUUCUUCCCCCUGCAGCAGGGCCAGCUCAAGAGCACGUCGAUGAUGCAGCUCCUGAGCCCAAAGGUGAAGGAGAUCCAGGAGAAGUACAAGGACGACCCGGACACACAGCAGCGGCUGCUGGGCCAGCUGUAUGGCGUCAUGGACGUGAACCCGUUGGGCGGGUGUCUUCCAGUGUUUCUGCAGCUGCCCAUCUUCUGGAGUCUUUAUGGCGUGUGGCGCCGCCUCGCCGCUGAAAAAUUCCCGCACUACACUGAGGGAUGGCUUUGGGUGCCGUCUCUCGCGCAGCCCAACCCAGAUUUUCAGUUCAAGUAUGAUUGGCUGCUGCAGUUCGAGGAUGGAAAGCCUGCUAUGGGAUGGGAGAACUACCUCUCAUACUUGGUAUUCCCGGUCCUGCUCGUGGGCUUCACGGUCUUUCAGCAGCAGCAGGCACAGUCCAGUCGCCCAAAGACGGGCAACGAAGAUGAUCCUUCCAACCUGGUGAUGCAGGUGCUGCCGUGGAUCUCGGUCUAUUUCAUCGGCAGCUUGUCGCUCCAACUUCCACAGGCUGUGUCUGUGUACUACUCCAUGAACACUGCGCUGUCAGUGCUGCAGACCUCCGCCGUGAAAUUCGGACUGCGGCAGGAGAUCCCCGGCUAUGAGGAAUUCGAAAGGACGGGCAAGUUCCCAGAAGGCGCUUUCGAGGACAUGGUGAGGUCCAACACACCCGCGCCCAAGACCCUCCACGAGGCUGCUCUGAGAGGAGAGGUCAAGUACAUAGAAGAGAUGCUGGCGGAUGAGAGCGUGGACAUCAACAAGUGGGACGAGAAGAACAUUGCGCCACUUGGUUACGCUGUUGCUUGUGGCCACCUCGAUGCCGUGAAGGUACUUUUGAAGAGAGGUGCAGACGUGACCCUGAAAGAUGGCCAGGACAACACGAUGCUUCACUAUGCUGCAGGUUACGGACACAUGGCCGUCCUCCAGGAGCUCCUAGAUGCGUCUGACAAGGUUUGGAAGGACAACGACUGGUGCACACUGAGGAACAGCCGGGCACUCAACAUAGUCGAGAAGUGA